CACAAAAAUGACCCCCCCUCAGCCACCACCCCCAACCAAACACCUAAUCCAAAUGUCCGGCGCCCCGGGUUCAGGCAAAAGCACACUAUCCCGCCGUCUCCGCCCCUCCAUCUCCGGCAUAAUAAUCGACCACGACAUCCUGCGCACCAACCUCCUCUCCUCCCCUCACCUCCCCUUCGACAGCGCAGCCAAGCAAGCAUACCUGCUCCAAUGGGAUCUAGCCAGCGACAUCAUGUCGCACCAAGGGCUAAACGUAAUCGUCGACAGCACGUGCAACUACGACGAGGUAGUCGAGCGGGGGAGGGCGUUGGCGGCUGCGCACGGGUACGUGUAUUGGUACGUCGAGUGCAAGGUGCGCGAUGUCGCGGUGCUGGAUAAGCGGCUGCGCGCGCGCCCGGCGAUGGCGAGUCAGCGGGCCGCGGUCGAUUGUCCGCCUGUUGCUGCGCAGGGGAUUGGGGCUCGCGUGGGUGAGGAUGCGAGGGCGCUUUUUGAGAGGUGGAUUGAGAGUCCGUGUCGGCCUAGCGGUGACGAUGGACAUGUUAUUAUCCUUGAUUCUACGGGUAGUCCGGAGGCGCUUUGUGAGCAGGUCUUGAAGAAGAUGGGCUUGAGUACUUAGUUGAGUUAUGCUUGACUGGGCGGAGUUCCGGAUGGGUGGGUUAUAGCGAAAGGAGCAAGUUAGGCGUUAUGUUUUAUCAUUGAAAUUCGUCGCCUACGACGACUCCCUAUGAUCCAGAGGUAUUUACAAUGAAUGUAAAUUUUUAGAUAAAGUAAGAGCAUCCACAGCAACAAGAAAAUAACAGCGCGUGUAAAAUAAAGCUCUGGAGGUUUAGGUUAAGGUUGUUGAAUAAGGCUGUACGUUACUGACAGGCCCCCUAACCGAUACCCGGGAACUAAACAUUCAGCAUAUCAAUCUCACACAAAAA